UGGACAGCUCAAGAAGACAAAAUCCUCCGAGAUUAUAUCAGUCUCCAUGGCCAAGGAAAAUGGAGGAACCUUCCUCAAAGAGCAGGGUUGAAACGUUGUGGGAAAAGUUGCAGGCUUCGAUGGUUAAAUUAUCUGAGGCCAGAUAUUAAAAGAGGAAACAUAUCAGAAGACGAAGAAGAACUUAUCAUAAGACUUCACAAGCUACUUGGAAACAGAUGGUCACUUAUAGCCGGGAGGCUUCCAGGAAGAACAGACAAUGAGAUCAAGAAUUAUUGGAACACAAAUUUAGGCAAAAGAGUUAGAGAUCUUCAAACAAUAAGCAGUGCAUCUUCUCAGCAACCCAAUGAAACAAAUAAUAACAACAACAUUCAGAAACCAACAACAAUGCCUCCUUCAACCAAUAAAGUGGUCUCCACAACCACUCCCUCUCUGUCACCGUUAAACGAUUCACAUUCUCUUCUCGUCCGUACAAAAGCUUCUAAGUGCUCUAAGUCAUUAUUCUUGGAUCAUUCAUCAACAACAACUACUUCACUGCAGCAGAACAAGACUUCUAGUAGUAAUAAUAAUAAUAACAAUAGCCACGGACUCGAUGAAACCGCCGCCGAUCAUGUUUUGCUGCCACCGCCGGGGUUGUUGCUUCCGAGGAACGGUGACAACAACAACAACAACACCAUGGUGAUGAUGAUGAUGGAGAUGGGUACCAAUUCAGAAGAAUACAAAGAGAUCUCGACAACAGAAUUGCUCUUGGAUUUUGACGUUGGCGAUAUUUGCUUGCAUUCUCUUCUGAACUCGGAUUUCGAGGAUAUAUGCGAUUUCGGUUACAACAACAGUAACAGUAACUGCGAGGAUCUGUUUGGAUUCUCACCGCCGGAGCAGAUGCAGCUGGAUUCUUCUGAUGAAGUUCUAAAGGAAGCCACCGUACCAAGCAACUUCCCUGACGAAACAAAUAAUAUUGUAGAAAACAUACAGUUUCUGUGAAGAUCAGAGUGCUCAUAGCUGCUAACAAACUAGUCCAUUAUCGUGUUCUUCUAGCCUGUUAUGCUUCGGCUAAUGUUAUUUUUGAAUAUUUUGAAGUAGAUCCAUGUUGUCUAUUA